UCAAAAAGAUUAAAAUCCUUAUAAAGGCUCUUCAGAGCAGAAGAUUCCUUAAGAUUGCCAUGCAUUCCUCCCCCUGAGUUUGUCACAACUGCACAAAGCCCUGUGAAUCAAACUGGAGAAUUUAGGUGCAGUUUUGUGACAAAAGUGUGAUUUUCAGUGUUAGGAUUUCUGGCCUUGGUGGGAAGGUUGUGUGGGAGAUGUUACAGAAUUUGCAAGAACUGUCAAUAUUGGUGUCCUAGGUGCUGGGACACCAAUAUUGAUUGCCUAGCCAGUGUGUGCAGGUGUAUCGGCCAGCUGUUUCCCCCUUUCUCACCAUGCUCAUUCUUACAGUCUUGGAAAUCUCUGCAAUUCCUACCUCCUCUUCUCUGCCUCACACCUCAGUUUGAUAAUUGAUUUUUUUUUUUUCUCUUGACCUGCCUGAAAUUGUUUUGUUUUUUUUUUUUUUUUUGAGAUCUCUUAUCUUUGGAUUAAUUACAGCUAAUACUCAGACAAAACAACAGAAAGCCCCAGACUGUAUACUUUGUACAGGAGUCCUAAAGAUAGGAAGGCAAAGCUGUGGGGACCCUUAGUCACAGUGGAUGGCUGUGGUUUGGUGUUACAAAUAGCUGAUGGUGCUGGAAUGGCAUGGGGUAACUGCUUUAAACUGGGCAGUGAAAGCAGAUCACUAAUGAUUUGGUUUGUGUAUCCAGUCCACUGUUCAAUACACUGGGGCAGCAUAUGGAGGAACUUUGCAAAGCUGAUUUGUGAUUAUUUUACCGAUUAGUAAUGUUAUCACAGUGGUGCUGUAAGAAUGACUACAGUACUGUGAACACAAACUAUUUGUUAGAGUUUUUAAAAUAUUUUGCAGUUGACUUUGAAAAACAUUUCUAAGGUUUGCUGCUUUCUGUUGGGAGUUAUUUCUAACCUUUUUAAUAUUCUCUGAAGAAAUAACUGGGAGGAUUUGUUUUAUGUGUUUUAACAGUAGAUUGUAUGCUUUCAUGCUGAACUUAAUAUUUGAGAAAUUUUUAUGUACUCUUUCUGAAGAAAGAUUUGUGACACAUAAGUAGCUCUGUGCAGAGGGACAUGUUUGCAGUGUUUUAAGCAUAUAGGUUUAUCAGAAUAGAUUUAUCAUAAAAUUUCUUGAUGUUAAACCACUUUUCUUGUACCUUUUAAUCUUUAUCUCAAACCAUCCCUAGAACUUUAAGGAUUUGGAGCAGGAAGUAAGAAAAGAAAUGAUAAAUCAAAAAGCAAGAAUAGUUUUCCAGUCAGACACGUGAGACUUCUUCCUCUUGAAGACCUUGUCAGGUUUGACCAGGAUAUAAGGGACACUUUCACCUGAUAGAAUGGAUGAACAGUCACAAGGCAUGCAGGGGCCUACUGCUCCACCAUUUCAGCCACAGAAAGCGUUGCGACCCGACAUGGGCUAUAACACACUUGCCAAUUUCCGAAUAGAGAAAAAGAUUGGCCGUGGGCAGUUCAGUGAAGUCUACAGAGCAACCUGCCUGUUGGAUGGGGUACCCGUGGCUCUGAAGAAGGUUCAGAUAUUUGAUUUAAUGGAUGCCAAAGCCCGUGCUGACUGCAUCAAAGAAAUAGAUCUUCUUAAGCAACUGAAUCAUCCAAAUGUAAUUAAAUAUUAUGCCUCAUUCAUUGAAGACAAUGAACUGAACAUAGUGUUGGAAUUAGCUGAUGCCGGAGAUCUCUCUAGAAUGAUAAAGCAUUUUAAGAAACAGAAGAGGUUGAUUCCUGAAAGAACAGUUUGGAAGUACUUUGUUCAGCUUUGCAGUGCCUUGGAACAUAUGCAUUCUCGUCGUGUUAUGCAUCGAGAUAUAAAGCCAGCUAAUGUGUUCAUUACAGCUACAGGGGUAGUAAAGCUUGGAGACCUUGGACUUGGUCGAUUUUUCAGCUCCAAAACCACAGCUGCACAUUCUUUAGUUGGUACACCUUAUUAUAUGUCUCCAGAGAGAAUACACGAAAAUGGUUACAACUUCAAAUCUGACAUCUGGUCUCUAGGCUGUCUGCUGUAUGAGAUGGCUGCACUGCAGAGUCCCUUUUAUGGUGAUAAAAUGAACUUGUACUCCCUGUGCAAGAAGAUAGAACAGUGUGACUACCCACCUCUCCCUUCAGAUCACUAUUCAGAGGAACUGCGACAAUUAGUUAAUAUGUGCAUCAACCCGGAUCCAGAGAAGCGACCAGACAUAACCUAUGUCUAUGAUGUAGCGAAACGUAUGCAUGCACACACUGCGAGCAGCUAAACAGACAUCAGAUCAUGAAGACAAAAGCAGAAAUAACCAAGUAUUUUGAGCAAAUCAUCCCACCUCUGUGUGUAUUACUGAAAUGUAAUUAUUUGAAGCUUACUGUUGUGCUUUGAAUUGUAAACCAAUUUAUAUACAAGCUUUGUUGUUUUCUGUUCAUUUCUAUUUUUUGUAUUUUUUACUAACUUGCAGUUUUACAACAGAUUUAAAUAUGUAAAGUAUAUAAGAUACCAAGAACCACUGUUUUCCGUGUUAAGUGGGUUCAAGUAUAUUUUCUUUAAUAACAAAAUUGUAUUCAGUUGGGCCUCAGUUCUAAAACACAGUUGCACUUUUGCACAUGAUACAGAUAUUAGGCUUAUUAUUCAGAAGCAAAAUGUCUGAAUCUCUCACCUUUUUAGUAAUUUAUGAAAGUAUGAAUCAGCACAGUUUAUUUUAAUCUUUGUUCUAAGAGGGACAUAAUUAUAGAAGGUUAUUGUAUUUUAUAUUGAAUUGUAGUUUGCAGUUCUUGGCGUAAGAGUAGACAGGCAAUAGAUAGGAUUAGUUCUCUGCUUGCCAAAUGUGGUGGGAAAAUAGUUUCAGGAAAAUUGUCACGCUGAAAUUUUUGUAACAUCCCUUUUUCUUUUGUUAUUCUGUCAUAAUGCACAUAAAACAUUUGUUGGAGGUUUUCUGGGAAAAUUUAAGGUGUUGAUUCUGCAAUCUGAUCGUUUUCAAUAGAUUUGUGCAGCACUGCCCUGGGGCAAUAGGAGUCUGCAUAGUUAAGUCUUAAAACCAUGCAGAUGCUUCUUGUAGCGAAUAGGGUUCUUUUGAGGCUAGCGUUUAUGAGAAGGUCUGAUUAAAAGCUGCAAUCUUUAAGUUACAACUUCCCAACUGUUUAUGUAUAUGUCACUGUCUGUAGAUUUUUUUGUGUUUAAAAUAAUUUGAAUGCCUUACAGUAUAUUUAAAUUUUAUUUUUUUUUUCAAAUACAGAAAACCUUUUGGAAAAGAUACAAUAGUGUAGUAUAACACAAAGUGUAUUCCUCAUGAAUAUCUGGUUUUGUAUACUGUAUCCUGAGAAUUACUUUUAUAUUUAGCAAAAGUAAGUUUUAGCUUUUAUGUUUAAGAGAAAGUUGCCACUCCUUCAUUUGGGAAAUAAAUAUCUGUGCAAAAUGUCUUAUAAAUACUUUAUUAGUUGAAAAGGAAAUUCAGAAUAUUUUUGUUAGACCCUAGUACCUUUCUGGGUAUGCUUAAAUAAUAUUUUUGUUGUUAAGGAAGGAAGUUGUCUUGUUUUUUAAAUGUGGUAAAAAUAGAGAAUGGACUGAAAUGUCUUGAGUUUCUAGACUGAACUUUUUAUACAGAACUGUCAAAACAUAAUUAUUAUCAGUGAUACUGCGAAGAAGCUGUUAACGGUCAGUUAAAUCUUUUUCUUUAUGUGGGUAAAAAGAAGUUAGUUCAAAUAAAAGCAGCGCUAUGUACAUACACACAUAGGUUCUAGAUGCAGUCAGUUCCCUGCACACUCAGAUUUUUUUUGUUUAUUUCCCUUUGCAGCUUUAACUUUUGAUUUGCUAUAAUGCUCAAAGAAUAAAAAUCCAGCUGGGGGGUUUGUGGAUGAAAUGUUCAAGCUAGGUCAGGGUUUUUUCCGGUUUUGCAUUUUUUAAAACUACAAUUACUAUGGAAAUUGUUUGGCAAAAUACAGUAGUUUUUAAAUAAUAUGUGCGAGAUCAUCAGCUUAUCUUAAUACAUUUUUUUUAUUUUUGUUUCCAGAUUUUGUAGGAUGAAUCCUUAGUUUUCAUUCUAGCUUCUGUGUAUACUUAAUCCUGUAGGACUUCAGCGGAACAAUUUGUAGGGACGAAGCAUUUGAGAAACCUUGGUUAGUGUCUAACAACCUCUGGAUUUGUUUUCAUUUAUUGUCUGAUCAUUGAAUUUUAAAAGUGAUGGUUAUGUUCUAUAACAAUAGUUCAUAUGUCAUAGAAUGAAAUGGUUUGUAUUGGAAAAGGCAGCGCAAUACUUGCUGCCAGGGUUAGCUCUUAAUAUGCACAAGCACUCAAACCAUUUUUUUUCUGAAACGUACUAGAACAGUUAAAAAUCACUUAAACCCUAACACAGUCAGGCUAUUUGCAUCUAAUAUUACGUAUGAGGUAUUGAACUCUUCCUGAAAGAAACCAAUAAUAGAUUGUUGGGUUCUCCGCCUCUCCCCGCCCCCCCCCCCCACCCCCUGAAGGGUACAUUGUGUGAAGAAAUCGGGUUAGAGUUGGCAAAUGCACAUGCUUAAGCAUUUAAAAUUUUUAUUGUUGUUUUUUUAGUAUUUAUGACUAAAUCUUGUGCUGAGGAAAAAAAAUAGUUGUUCCUAUUUUAAAAUCUGUAAAAUGAAUGGUACAGAUGACUCUGGUACCAAACUUUAUAAUUAAGAAUCCCAUAUGGGUUAGUAGAACUGCUUGUAUAACUGGGGAUUGUAGAAUCUAUCCCCUAAGUAAAACACCUAGUAACAUAUGAAAAUAAGUCUGUUAUAACACUCCCGUGUGGACUACACACUUAUAAAAUAUUUUCUUUUAUAAAACACCAUUCUAUUUUUCAUAUGUUGUUGAUGGUGGCAUUUGGCACUAUUUAUUUUAAGCUGUGGCAUUACAUGUUUAUUUUCUUUAAAGAAAACCUGUUUUAUUUCUAACCAAAAUGUCUGACUAGCUCCUCCUUUUAUUUCAGUAAUGCUACAGUAUUAACUUGCUUUAUGAGUGAACUUUGUGCUUUGAAUGAGAUCGUAUAAAAUCUUUGUCUUGUCUUGAAAGCUCCCCUGCUGUGCAGUAGUCUAAUAGAAAUAAAACAUACAUAUAUUAAAUAUAAUGUAAAAAUGAUAGUGUUUGUAUGAUAUUUUUUCAAACUUUUCUUGUUACAGAUACAUAUAUAUAUAUAUAUGUUACAGUAGAUGGUACCUAUCUUGUGGACAGUUUACUGCUUCCAGUAGUUGAUUAUAGGUGAGUUUUCUUGACUGUAACAAAAGACAGUACAUUAAAAAAAAUCUUUUUUGUAUUAUUUGUCAAGAAUUUAUCUAAAAAUACUACAUCAGAGAUAGUCAUAAUUAAUCCAAAAGAGUGUUUUUAUCUAAAAUUUAAAAGCAAAUCUAAAAUUAUUUUCAAACUGAUGUGAAAAUAUCUGAAAAACAUAAAAAUAAUGAAGAGUUCCCAUUAUGGCCCCAGUCGUGUGAGCUCUUGUUUAUAGCUAGGCUGGGUUUUAUGUAAUUUCAGUGAUUUUGAGUGAACCUCCUAUACACAUGUGAAUAAAUAGUAAUCAGUAGGGUAUAUAAAAAUGACAUGCUCAGCUCACUUCUUACCCUUUCUGAAUGUCAUUGGUUUGGUAGCAGGGAAUAAUGUGUUUUUAUGCAACCCUCUUCUGUUGCACUCUAAUGAUCCAGUUUACCAAUUGUAUGAGCAAGCAAUAGACGUAUGUCAUCUUUUUGGAAUGAGCAGAAACUUUAAAAACAUGCCAAUAUACUGGAAGAUGAAAUACAGUAUUAGAAGUGUCUGAGAAGGCUGGUGUUUUAUUCGUGCUCCUGAUUAAGAAAGCCAUAGAGUGAAAUUCUUGACAGAGGCUUGGAAAUGGAGGAGCACUUCUUAUGCUAGUGGUUCUCCGCUAUCUCUGAAUGGGACCCAAAAUCACAGUGAUGUUUGUUUUCCGCAAUCUGUCCACUUAAUGUCCGUCUUCGCUGUUAUACAGUGAGAUGAGAAUCUUAAUGGUUGAAUUUGAAUGCUGGUGGUGAAUGCUGUGUCAGGUAUUUGAGCUUCUAGGAACAGGAGGUUGAUGUGAAGGAGAGUCAAUGAAAGCCUUCAAGUCUUGCUUUGUGGAGAGUUAAUUUAAUCUGGAAGUAAAGGUGUUGGAUAGCAGAGUUCAAAUCACUGCUUUUCCAUCACUUUUAAUACUUCUGUAACAGUCAAAAAUUUUUUCCAAGCCUGCCAUAUCCCCACAUCAUCUAGCCAGUGGCAGUGCUGGUCGUCUUAAUUUCUGAUGUCUGGUUUGGUCUAGGUGAAUAACUAAACCGUUCUGCCAAGAUCACCCAAGGAGAGAAAUACAGGCACUGGGCACGCCCAGUGGGGUGUUACUUAUGUUUCUGAACAUGACUCAACUAUAGAUUUUUAAGGUUCUUUUCCAAACUUUAUUCCCUUCCCCAAACCUUCUUCUUCAGUUGAUGUUUUUAAAAAAACGUUUCCCUUUCAAGUUCACUUCUGAAGUCCUAUGAUUCCUGUCGUCCACUGCUGCUGCUUCAUCUGUCCUGUUGUCUGUUCUACCAUCUUCCUGAUUUGAAGUCCUCUGUGUCUAGUUUUGCUACUGGCCAUUAGUUUGCAUCUUUGUUUGUGACUUUGCUAAACUCAACUCGUUUCUGUCUUCUCAAAUUUUAUCCCUCACCAUGUGUAAGCCUGUUUUGUCGUCCCCCCCCCGAUAAGUACUUAACCCCAUUGUUCUUCAUUCUGUUUUUCCAGCCCGACACCUUUGAUUUCUAGUUUUAAACAGAUUUUUUCACUGCCUCAAUCAUUCCCAUGACCUUGUCUUGACUAAAUACUGUUCACUUUAUUAUCUCUCAUUUCUAAAUUCCCUUUCUCUGAUCACUACCUGCUCUCUUUCAGCUUAUCUGUCUUUCUCUCUCCUCUACCCUGUCACUCACUCCUUUUGGGAUCUCCAGUCUAUUAACCUUUCUGACUCCUUUACUCUUCUCAGCUGCCUCCUUCCUUCAUUGGCCUCACUUCCUUUGACUCUCUGGUCUUUAUUUUCAUCUCUAUCUGCUUCUCUAUACAUGGUUUCUUUGGUUGCUUCUCACAUUGCCCUGUUUCCAUUCUUCUCCCCAGACAUUUUUUCUUGUAAUUUCUUAAUUUCCAUUCCUGCUUUUCCAAAUGUCUCUGAAGAGUAUGUCAGCACAACACAGCUUUGGACUCAGCUCUGUCUUACCUCUUAAUUUUCCUUCCAAAUGGACUUUUUAACCACUUCUAUCCCACCUUUUUUUUUCUGUUGUUGAGCUUGCUUGUGGAUUUGCUGUUCAUUUUAGUUCUCCAUUCAUUCUUGAUACAAAAUGUGUCUUCAAAACUGAUACUGAUUUUUACAUGAUGAGAUCUUUUUCAAAAUUGUUCCACUUCUCAGAAUCCGUUUCUGAACUGGGCUUCUCUGUUUAACUGUAUAAGUUUGCCCCUUUUAUUUCUGUAUCUUUGAUUCCUUUCUCCUUUCAUUGAAUGACUUCUUCCUGUAAAUCCCCCUUUCAUUUCCUUCACUAGUAACCAAGUUUUUUUCUUCUGUCUUGAAGGGGAUGGCACCCAUCACCCUAACUGCUACUCUUCUUUAAUACUUUGCCCUUUAUCCUCAUUUGUCAUCCCCUAAUUUCAUGUACCUAAACAUCCUUGCUCCAAUUUGUUUUCAAGUUUUUGGCUUUAAAAUUUAAUUUGAACACCCCAAAAAUCCAGUGCUUCCUUCCCCAGUUUGGUUGUCCCAUAGUUCUAUCUCCACAUGAUUCCUUGAGUAUCCAGCCACAGUCUCAGACCUGUUCAGAUUCGUAGAUAAGAGUUUUUAUUCCUAACUCCCUCUAGACUAUUUUCUAACAUCCCUGACAAUUUUACUUGCCUGUUUUCCAGGGCCACAACCUUUCUAUCUCUGACACUUUUCCCAUGCCUGCAUAUCAAAUGUCUCAAAGUUAGUAGUAUCAGAUUCCAGCCCUCUUCAUUAUCUGUGUUCUUUUUUAUCUUUUAUCUUCACUGUUUUAACCUCUGUGUCAUUUUGACUUCUUUUCUCCCUUCAAAGUAUCAGAAUUGACAGGACUACACUCCUGUCUUUGGGCUUUAGCUGUUUUGUGUGCUGAAGAAGAAACUCCACCAAAUUACUACUUGUUUUGUUCGGUUUUUUUUUUUUUUUAGACGCUUGAGUCCCUCAGAUUUGGUCUUAUUUCAGGACAAUAGAGCUGGAGUAGAUUCUGUUCCUCCAAGUACUUCAAAAGUGCUUGAAUUUGGGCCUUGAUUUUAUAUCUGAAGCAGUAGAAAACUAAGUUUUUGUCACUCAUUUCUUUGUGUUUCCUCUGUGUAACUUUGUCUUGUCUUGUUUCUGCAUGUACAGUUAACAGUGGUUUUCUUGUUACAACAACUUGAUUUCAGUGCUUUUACCAUUGCUUGAAAUAAGAAUGUGCUUAAGAGCUUCACUGGCUGGAUCCAGGGUGUUGGGCACAAUGCUCCUCUCUGUUACUGUCCCACCCUUACACUGGCUUCUCUGGUUUGCUGCCCUCUGUAUCUUGCCUAACUGAAGGUACGCUCUGUUAUGCUGCAGGGUAGUGUAGGUACAGUUGAGCCAGCUGCAAAUGAGGUAGCUUAUUUACCCUCUAGGUCUAGAAUUGAGUGUUGUGCUGUACUACUCUCUAUCCACACUACCCUCAUUUAAAGCUAAUUCAGGUCUGUCUGCAUGGUGGGGUGCAUGGCUUUCUGUGUCGGUGCACUAUCUGACUAUCAGUUUUAGCAGGCUUUCAUUUUUGGAAGACUGUGUUUGCAGAGAUUCACUGUUGAUCAAAUUGUCUGAUCUUUGCUCAUAAUUAUCCUUAUACGUAUGUUGAGGUUGAGAAGCAAAAUUCUCCAUGAAACGAAGAACUUUGGGGACUGUAGGAUAUAGAGCUGAAUAUGAGAUUGUUUGGUGUGUGUCAAUCACUGCUUAUUUGCACCAGAAUAAUUCUUUUCUUUUAGUGGAUCAGUUGCUUGUAGGCACAAAACAAAGACUUUUUUAGUAGUCUUCAGAUCUUAUGUUUAUUCUUUGUUGCCAGCUUGUGUCAUGUCAUACCAUUAGUUAAUUUGUUCUAGAACUGCCUUAAUGAUGGGUGGAGGCCUUACACCUUUGUCUAAUAGAAAUCUUCUGUCCAUACGGAAAUAAAAAUAAGAAAUCAGGUGCAUUGAGGCCUUCCUGAUAGUUGUGCUUGCUUUGCAUUUAAAUGCUAGCAACAGAAAGAGGCCUCAAACUGGACAGAAAUGGUCCCCAAGAUAGAGCAGAGAUGUUCUGGGGCUCCCUGCUUCCUCUCCACCUCCUAGCUCUUCAUUCUCUGGCUUCCCUGGGGCAUUUCCUGGGAACAUGGCACUGCCAGUGUAUUGAGGGCUAGUAGAAACUUGGAAACUCAAAUGUUGAUGCUAUCCUGCUUAUGUUCCUGUCAUGUUCUUUCUCAGUGAGAAUAGGAAAUCUCCCAUUUAAAAAUUACUGGGAAGAUCUUUAGGAUUGUUAAACAGUUGUUUAUUGCUCUUUACACAUUUAAAAAUGUAUGUUUGCUGUUACAGAGAUAAUUUUAAAUCAUGCAAGGGCUCUUAGUUUGCCUUUCAGUGUGUGGUGUUGGUACUCUUCUGCACACUUCAUUUGCCAGUUGUUUCUUUGAUUUCAGUCAUGCUGGGCUGUUGUAAAGAUGAUCAUUAAAGCUGAGUAUUGUAUUUUCUGGUAAGAUUUUGUUGGGAGAGGGGAAGAAGGGAAAUGUUUAUCAGUUUGUUUGAAUUUGGCUGCUGAUUGUGCUUGAAUCAAAUCAUAGAAUCAUUCAGGUUGGAAAGGACCUUGUGAGAGGUCUCUAGUCCAACCUCCUGCUGAGAGCAGAGUCAAUGCUGAAUUCAGACCAGGGCUCAGGGCUUCAGCCUGUUGGAUCUUGGAAACCUCUGGGGAUAGAGAUUGGGCAGCCUGCUCCAAUGCUUAGUUAGCUUCACUGUAAACCUUGUUUUCCUUAUGUUCAGUCAGAAGCUCCUCAGUUACAAAUUAUAGCUGUUGUUUGUUCUCCUGCCACUCCUCAAAUGUUCUUUGUAUUGCAAUAAAGGUAAGUCAAAUACUGAAACAGAGAACUUACGAUGUUUUAUUUUCUGAAACCGUUGUUGCAAACAAAUAAAUAUGUUCAUGUAGUACUUCUGUAUCCUGUAUGACGUGUACACUAUAUUCAUUUACUACUUGAGUGUAAAAUAAAAAUUUUGGCAGUAAAACUUGA